ACGUCUUCGGCUCAAAAAAAUUGAAGCAGGUUUUAUUGUGUUCAGUUUGCCACAGGUUUCUGUGUAUUUAGGUGGAAACAAACUUUCACCUGUCAGCGCUGGACCAAACACAUGACCACUGAUUUGCGUUUGCACUCCUACAUGAAAAACAAUUUGAUGAAAUAGACUAUUCAACAACAACAACAAAAAAAACAACCAACAAAACAAUUUUUUGAAAUUUUGGGGAAAAUGCAAUAAUUUUUUCCAGUAUUGGAGAAAAACAACAGAACGUGUCUGAAAAAGUCGAUUUUAUAUGUCUACCGACAGAGUUUAAAUAUAUAAUCUGAAGACUUGAAUUAGAGAAUCAGACUCCUCUGAACAAUUCAAGAAAUUAGCAUUUGGUUGUAUUUGGUCGAACUUGACUAAAUUGUUUUAAUUUUAACUUGGAAAUUUGAAUAAUUUAAAAGUCAUAAAGUUGUAAAUUGAUGGAUGAAACCCCUGAGACUCUGCUGGAUCUCAGCUCUUCAACCAGUAAAGCUUAAAGUUUGAAAGUUUCAACAGCCAUAAUGUGGAAGUGAGGAUUCCAGGCCGCUAGCAGCUCUCAUGCUAGCGCGCGGAAGUGAAGCUAGCCGCUCCAACGCUAACCCUGGAAUUUCAAGAGCACAUUUAGCGAUCUAAUAAACAGAAGCUUAGCUUUGAAGCUGCUAACUCAUUAAAGUGAGUCUGGAGCUUGUCAUGCUAACUUAUCACAGUAAGUUAGCUCCUGUGAUGCUAACUCAUUUUAAAACUAAAAGUUACAUUUUCCAUUUAAAUUUUUGAAACCUGACACACCUGAUGAGCUGUCAGGUGUGUCUUUUACAUUUUGAAGCGUCCUGCUCGGAUUUGUUGGCGAAAGUGGGCGUGUUCACCAGCUUCCCUUGGAGUUCCUCAGGGAUCAAUUUGUGGCUCCAAACAUGAGGUCCGGGACCCCUUCAGGGACCUCCAGCGCUCACAGGACAGGUCCAGAGGUCAGACGGAGGACCUGAGAAGGGCUGUGAACCUUGGGUUUCGUGAUCUCCGUUGCUCCUCUGCGGUUCUUUGUCUGGACUGAUCGUCGACGCCUCCUGAACCUUCACAGCAAUAAGAUUCGUCUCAUUCCUCUGAUUCCUGUUUUGUUUUUCCUGUGUUGGAGUCCCUGUGGAACUCGCCUCUCGCUCUCUCCUGUCUGCUCUGACAUCGACUCUUCUUCCUGCGAGUCGUGGGAGGAGUGGGGGCGGGGCAGCACUGUGUUCAGGAGUUCAACAGUUUGAACUCUUUCUAUUCCACUUCUUUCUCUGAGCACUUUAAGAACCACUCUGGCUUCACUUCCUGCUCAGAAACAUUUCACAGACCUGUGAUGCCUUCACUGUCUGCUCCGGAUCUUCCGGCGCCGCCACCUGUCUGCAGGCGCGGCGUCCAUGGAGGGCCUGGAGAAGAAGCUGGCCGGUCUGUCUCUCGCCCGCCGCUCCCGCCCGGAGGACCCCACCUACCUGCUGGACGCGGCGCUGCAGCCGGACGCCGGCGGCCUGCUGGCGGUGUCCUGCUCUGACUUCACCCUCCGCCUGCACGACAAGGACACGCUGGGCCGGGUGGGGGAGUUCAAAGGUCACCGGAAGCCGCUGUGCGGGCUCACCUUCGCCCGCGGCUCGCCGGACCUCCUGUUCUCCGGCUCGGCGGACGGCACGGUGCGGGCGUGGGACGUGCGGCGCCCCGGCUCGGCGGCGGCGCAGACGUUCAGCAGCGACCCGGCGCACGCCUACUGCAGCUUCGACGUGAGCUGCGGCGACGCGCUGCUGACCGCCGGCACGGAGCAGCUGCAGGACGACAGCUUCCUGGUGUUCUGGGACCGCAGGAAGCCCGGCACCGUGCUGCUGGGCGCCUACUCCGAGUCGCACUCUGAUGACAUCACCCAGGUGCGCUUCCACCCGCGGGACAAGGACCGCCUGGCGUCCGGCUCCACGGACGGCCUGGUGAACGUGUUCGACCUGAGCCGCGGCGCCGAGGACGAGGCGCUGCUCGCCACCUGUAACAGCGGCUCGUCGGCGGGCGCCGUGUGCUGGUCCGGCCCCGCCUACCAGCAGCUGCUCUGCCUGAGCCACGACGAGGGGCUGCACCUGUGGGACCUGAGCCGGCUGCACACCGACCAGCCGCUCGCCGUCUUCGCCGCCGCCGACGCCCGCGGCCUGGCGCCGCUGCCCGGCGGCAGGGGCGUGGACUACCUGGUGGGGGGGCGGUGGCUGGAGGGCGCCGGCCGGCUGCUGGUGGUGGGCGGGACGGGCGGGGGCGACCUCCACCUGAUGGAGUGCGACGGCGACGGCCUUCGGCUGCUGCGCAGCCUGGAGGGCGGGCACGCCGCCACCGUGCGCUGCUUCGUGUGGGACGAGGCGACCGACGCCCUCAUCACCGGGGGUGAGGACGCCCAGCUGUUGCUAUGGAAACCGGGAGGGGAGGAGCUGACUGCGGGGAGCAGGGAGUCCAUGAAGAGCCAAUCAGCUCUGAGAGUCAAAUCAAGACCGCAUAAGAAGGUCAGUUAUCAGAGAGAGAAGAAGACGACGACGUGAAGAGGAAGCCAGACUGCUUUCUGUUUCUUUAGCUUCAUUCUAUUUUAUUUAGUUUUUUAUUUUACUUUUAUUAAUUUUAACAGAAUGUUACUUUCUGUUAACUUCAUUUUUUGUUUUUAUUUGAUUCUAUUUUUAUUUUAUUUUCAUGUCACUUUUGUUUAGUUUUAUUGAAUGUUUUUAGUGGAUUUUUUGUUGAUUUAUUUUCCAUAUUUUCACAUUUCUUUUCCAUUUUAUCCUAUUUCAGCUUUCAUACCGUAUUCUGCAUAACGCCACGUUUUGAUUUUUUUUCUUUUCCAUUAGUUUAAAUAGGUUUAGUUUUGUUUCUUCCUUGCCUUUCUAAUUUUAUUUGAUCCCAUUUGAUUUUUUUUCCCAUCAUUUGAAGCUCGACUGUCAGGCUGUAAAACUUUCACUGCUUGGACUCAUUUCAUGCUAUUUAUAUCACAUAUGAACAUUUUAACAUCAGUAAUAUGAAUUAUCUGAUUCGACUGUAAAAUAUUAAAGAAGUGAAAAUGCAUUGAGAAACUGCAAUUAAAUGUUUUGUUUUUUUUUUACUUAUUUGAGAAAUUUCAGUCUAAAAUGUGAAGUUGACAUGUUUCCUCACACUUUCACGAUAAUAAAGUCU